CAUCAUCCUCCUCUCCGUCGCCUUUGUCUUAAGGCACUCCUCUCGCUCACACACACUACGACCUCCGUACCUGCAUACCACAUACACUAUUCAAUCGCUACUCCCCCCAACUUCCGAUCACGCUCGCUCCUGCCAUUGAGCCGCAUCUGACUGCGCAAGAGCUUCCAACAAGCCUACAAGCACCCUCCUUGUUGACACCAGCUCACCACGGACCGUCAUCAUGUGUGGUAUUUUCGGGUACAUCAACUACCUGGUCGAGAAGGACCGUCGCUUCAUCAUUGACACGCUCGUAAAUGGCCUCGCUCGUCUCGAAUACCGAGGAUACGACUCCGCCGGUAUCGCCGUCGACGGUGACAAGAAGAAUGAGGUCUUCGCAUUCAAGGAGGUUGGCAAGGUCGCCAAGUUGAAGCAGCUGAUCGAGGACGAGGCCCCGGACAUGACCCAGGUUUUCGACAACCACGCCGGUAUCGCACACACCCGAUGGGCCACCCACGGACCUCCCAGCAGAGUCAACUGCCAUCCCCACCGCUCCGACCCCAAGUGGGAGUUCGCCAUUGUCCACAAUGGAAUCAUCACAAACUACAAAGAGCUGCGAACACUUCUCGAGGCCAAGGGCUUCCGAUUCGAGACGGAGACGGAUACCGAGGCGAUUGCCAAAUUGGCAAAGUACAUCUUCGAUGAGCACCCGACUAUCGACUUCACCACUCUGGCCAAGGCCAUCAUCAAGGAGCUCCAGGGCGCCUUUGGUCUGUUGAUGAAGAGUGUGCACUUCCCUGGCGAGGUGGUGGCCGCCCGCAAGGGUUCUCCACUGGUCGUUGGUGUUCGCACUGCUCGCAAGAUGAAGGUUGACUUUGUCGAUGUCGAGUUUGGCGACAGCGGUGAUUUCCUCUCCGCUGAGCAGGCCAGCCAGAACGUCGCGCUCAAGAGAAGCCCAGGUGGCCUCGGUGCUGGUCUCCUCGCUCCACCCGACAAGUCUCUCCUCCACCGCUCUCAAUCCCGUGCCUUCCUCUCGGACGAUGGCGUGCCGCAACCCACCGAAUUCUUCCUCUCCUCCGAUCCAUCCGCCAUCAUCGAGCACACCAAGAAGGUCCUCUACCUCGAGGACGACGACAUUGCCCACAUUCACGAGGGUCAGCUCAACAUCCACCGUCUCUCCAAGACCGACGGCACCAGCAACGUGCGCGCCAUCCAGACCAUCGAGAUUGAGCUUCAAGAGAUUAUGAAGGGCCGCUUCGACCACUUCAUGCAAAAGGAGAUUUUCGAGCAGCCGGAAUCCGUCGUCAACGCCAUGCGUGGUCGUUUGAACGUGGCAGACAAGACAGUGACAUUGGGUGGACUGAAGCAGUACAUCAGCACAAUUCGGCGUUGCAGACGUCUGAUCUUCAUCGCUUGCGGAACAUCCUUCCACUCUUGCAUGGCCGUCCGUGGCGCAUUCGAAGAGUUGACCGACAUUCCCAUCUCCGUCGAGCUCGCCUCCGACUUCCUCGACCGCAAGGCGCCCGUCUUCCGUGACGACACCUGCGUGUUCGUCUCCCAGUCUGGUGAGACCGCCGACUCUCUCAUGGCCCUCCGCUAUUGCCUCGAGCGUGGUGCCCUUACCGUUGGUAUCGUCAACGUUGUCGGAUCUAGCAUCUCCCUCAUGACUCACUGCGGUGUGCACAUCAACGCCGGUCCAGAAAUCGGUGUCGCCUCCACCAAAGCCUACACGUCCCAAUUCGUCUGCAUGAUCAUGUUUGCCCUUUCCCUCUCAGAAGACCGCGCAUCCAAGACUCAACGCCGCCUGGAAAUCAUGGAGGGUCUCGGCAAGGUCUCGGAGCAGUUCAAGGAGAUUCUCAAGCUGGACCAAGAAAUCAAGGAUCUCUGCCUCAAGUUCAAGGACCAGCGCUCUAUGCUCCUACUCGGCCGUGGCGCACAGCACGCCACCGCUCUCGAGGGCGCUCUCAAAAUCAAGGAAAUCUCCUAUCUCCACUGCGAAGCCGUCAUGUCCGGCGAGCUCAAGCACGGUGUGCUCGCGCUGGUCGAUGAGAACCUGCCCAUUGUCAUGAUCCUUACCCGCGACGACAUCUUUGCAAAGUCUCUCAACGCGUACCAGCAGGUCAUCGCACGCAAGGGCCGUCCGAUUGUCAUCUGCAACACCGGCGACGAGGAGUUCCCCGGCGACAAGACGGACAAGAUUGAAGUGCCGCACACCGUUGACAUCCUGCAGGGAUUGUUGAACGUGCUGCCGCUGCAAUUGAUGGCCUACUGGCUUGCGGUUGCGGAGGGCGUCAACGUCGAUUUCCCUAGAAACUUGGCGAAGAGUGUUACCGUCGAGUAA